CUUGGUUCACUUCAGUCUGUCACGAUGGCCACACACUUCAGUUUAUGCUUACAAAUUGUUAUUGUUUUUUUGUGUUGUACAGUUUGUAGUGCUGAUAUUUCCUGCAGAAAUGAAGCUGGCGAGCCUGUUGAUUGGUUUGUCAUCUACAAGCUGCCUAGGUAUAAGAUUGGUGAGGUGGGCAGUGGAGUUGAUUACAUGUACCUGGACUCAUCAGUCAGGAAAUGGCAAAUGAGUAAAUUCACGGUUAACACCAGUCAAGGAGCUUUAGGUAACACACUGAACCAGCUUUACAUGGGAAAGGCCUACCAGUCUAACAGCUCAGUCUAUGCACUCUACAAUGAUGCACCACCAGUCCUGGAUUACAUCCAAGGAUAUGGACACAGUAAAGGGGUACUGCUCUUUGACCACUCUCAAGGUUUCUGGCUGUUGCACAGCAUUCCCCAUUUCCCCUGGUUCCCUGAAAGAGGCUACCUUUAUCCCUCCUCUGGCAAAGUCAAUGGUCAGACGGCUCUGUGCGUGACCUACCAGUAUGAACAGUUCCUGCGUAUAGCAAAGCAGCUAAUCUACAUUUACCCACGCUUCUAUAACUGCUCUGUGCCUGCUGCGUUCUCAGCCAACCUGCCACAAUUGGUGCAAUUAUGUGAGGGCACCAAACCUUCACUGGCUGCAGACAAAAGAGUGGAUCAGCUUUUCUCAAUCAGAGGGGACAAGUUUGUCAGCUUUGCCAAAUCCGAACACUUUGUGGAUGACAUCUACACAGGCUGGGUGGCUCAGGUCCUGGAUACCGACCUUCUGGUGGAGACCUGGCAGAGACAGGGUCACGAGCUGCCCUCCAACUGCUCCCUGCCCAAACACACCAUGAACACAAAGAGGAUUCAGCUUCCUGGAUCAAUCCUGUUCUGGUCACACUAUGACCACUCAAAGUGGUGUGUGUCACUGGCUUAUGAGGAUCAGGUGACCUGCCUCGGGGACCUGAACAGGGAGAGGGCCCAGCUGUGGCGUGGUGGAGGACUGGUCUGUUCCUCCAAUCCGUUGAUUUACAAAGCCUUCAGACAAAUUGUGGACUGGUACAUUGGCUGUGGAGAGAGACAUUCACGAUGAUUGGGCCUAGAUUGCCAUCACACAGAAUGGGUCCAAUCAGUUUAAAUUUAUGAAGAUAAAUGUGGAUGUAAAUACUGAUGAUGACAUUGUCCCAGUCCCUCAGUGUAUA